UGUGGUAUUGCCGCCAAAUUUUGGUUUCCCGCCCAAGCGUCUUCUGCGCCGUCGUUUUUCUCUGGAAACGACGUCGUAUUUUCGCUUCCGCCUCUCCCUUAAUUCCUCAUUCUCACCUUCUUGUUCUCUGUAGCCAAAGUCCGUCUCUUUCUCUGUGUGUCAAAAAAAAUUCGAUGGCAUCUGAUCCAAACUCCGGUGACCCAAUCACCGACUACAGCCAAACGCAGCGCAUAGUGCUCCUCGUAGACCUAAACCCACUGCUCGAUAUCCAAGACCCAACUCCAUUUCUGACCUCUCUCCUCUCCUCCAUUAAAACCCUUCUCUCCUUCCCUCCACUCUCCUCUUCUCUCUUUGCCUUCAGACUCUUCUUUUCAUCUCUCUCUCCACUGCUCUCCUCCUCCAAGCUCCCCACUUCUCUCUCCCUCUCUUUUCAUCUCCCUACCCCCACUUUAGUUUCCCUCUCCCAAGCCCUCAAUUCCCUCCCCGCAUUUCACCAAGACCCAUCAUUGCCUAAUUCCUCUACGCCCCGGGCUUCGUGCCUCGCCGCCUCCUUGCGCCAGCUUGUGCAUGACUAUGCCUGGGACCCCGUGAUCUGUGAUUCAGCCACGGGUAUGUUUUCAAAUUGUGAUUCUGUUGCUGUGAGGUCUAAUCUAGUUGUUCUGUUUUCGCCCCUUUGUAUGUCUGUAAACUGUUUGUCAGAAUUCCUGAAUGUGGGAGUGGAUGAUGAGUCUUUGGAAAAUGUGAAUGUGUUUUGCAAGAGAUUUCGCGGUUUAUUUGAGAAUAUAAAUAAUGCAUUUGUCAGUCGAGAUAUUCAAUGUGGUUGGGUUGAUGUCAGGUACAAAUUAGAAUGUGGUCAGGAUAAGGUUGGGAAUGAUGAGGAUAGGAUGCGAUUUGGGUUUCUCAUGAGUGGGAUUAGGAGUUUGGGAUGGGGAUGUUGUUCGACGGAUUCAAUUGUUCUUGGUUCUGCUCUUGUUCCCUUUGGAUUGAUUUAUCCAGAGAUUGGGAUAUCACCGAAGUUUUUUGGUUGUAAUGAUUGUCAUGAGAAAGUCUACACGCAUUUGAGUCUCGAGAUAUUGGAUGUUAUCGGGAAGCCUUUGGAAUGCAAGUUUUGUGAUCUUAAAUUGGUUGAUUUGAAGAUGUUUCCUAGAAAUACAGCAGACGAUGUUUUCUUUUCCCUGGAAAUCAUGAAUUCACAACCAAGAGGUGAUGAACUGAAGAAAAUGUUCUGGGAAAAUUUUGGCAGUGGUGUGACAAAAUUCCAGGUUAAGGCUUUGCAAAAGUACAAUGAGUUUUUGAAAAUCAAGGGGCACUUAUCUGAUCCUCUUCUUGUAAGUGAAGUUUCGGAAAAACUUGGUAAAGAUGGAAAAGAAAGUUCUGUCAAUCUUUUUGCAGAUAAGGUUCUUGAGAUGCUACAAAUGGACUUGGGUGAGAUUGUGCAGAGAAAAUCGGCACCGAUUUGGGAGAUUCUCUUGAGUUUCUUAUAUAGGUAUGGUCAGGGAGCAUUAGUGUCUCUUUCAAAUGACAGUGGUGUAUCAUAUACGGGAAUCCUUAAGCCUUUCACAGUUUCUUCGGCUCUGCUGUUUAUUGUGGAUGAAGGAUUUCACCCUCAGGAAAAAGUGUAUGAUAAUGGUGGAGGAAAUGUGGACCAAUUAAGUCCAAAGAUGAACAAUGAGAUUUGCAAACCGAAUGCUGAUUUGAAUCAAACUGAGCCUUCACCAUCUAAUAAGCAUUCUGCAGGCAAGAAUGGAAGGAAGUGGAAUAACAAAAGAAAAUCAAAUUUGCUACAAGACCUCACAUGGAGUGCCUUCUGUAAGGCAGCAUUUGAACACACAGAGCUAGGUUUGGAAGAGGUUUACUUUGUCAGGGAAUGUAAUAACUCAAAAAAGAUGAGAUUUCUGAAAUGCUGGAUGAAACAGAUUAAAAAGUCUAGCCUCAUAAUGGAGAAACAAUCCCAGACAUUCCAGUCCAAUAAAAAAGAGAUGAACAAUAGGUUGGAUAACUUGCACCAAGAAAGUGAACAGCCAAUUCCUUCAUCUGCUUCAGUUGGAGAAAAUUCUUUAACUGUGGCUUGCGGAAUACAGAAUGAAGCUGCUCUGGAAUUUAGAUCAGAAACCUCGGAAGACUUUUUCAGUAAUCUAUCCAAUAAGAUCCAACAAGGACUUGAAUAUGAAGCAGUGGACUUGGGGGCUUUGGCAUAUCGGCUUGUGAAUUCAUCCAUAUUUUGGUUAAAGCAAAAGUGUGACAAAGAACCCCUUUCAGAGAGUCGAACUCCUCUUCUAAAAUCUGGUGAUACUGAUUAUUUGGUUGCUGCUGAGGUGUUAAAACUUUUACUGAGAGAUCCCAAGGAUAUCAAUGCAAGGCACAAAAGCAGUGGUCUAUCUUUUAAAGCAUCUGGUUCAGAAUCUGAAGGACUUACUUCAGGAAAAAUAGUUCGAGAAUAUGAAUUGCAGAUAUUUUUCCGGAUGGAGAUACUACAGUCAGAGGUUGGUGCAACUAUUGCAGAGUCUAUGAAACAGAAGUUUGUAAAACAUAUUUGCUCAUUUUUGGAGAAAAUUCGGUGUCAUCUGGAUGGAGGCUUCUUUGGUAACUGGAGCAUAGAUGAUUACGUUGAAAAUAUCAUAAAAAGCAGGUACUGUGAGACACUUGAAGAUGUGGUUCACAGAAUCUAUACAAAAAUGGAUUUGUUGCUGUUUGCUGAUGAGGAACCCCCUAAUAAUUUACUCAACAGUGAGGAUAGCAAUCAAUCAUACAGAGAAAAACCAGAGAGAGAUGAAGUGGAUGAAAAUAAUGGAAUCAAGGAAUCAGUAUCAGCAGAAGAUGAGCCCCUUCGUCCGCCGAAAAUUGAUAAUGCAAGACCCAGUGCCCAAGAGAUUAAACAAAAGGAGCAUGCUCACAAGUUAAUUGAAGCCCAAGAGAGGAGAGAGAGAGCUCGGAGAUUUGCUUCUUUUACGAGAGGGGUGCCUGAUUUGCAGAGAAUUUGGGCCCCAAAACAGCCGAAGGCAUCGAAACCAAAGUCGAAUCCUCAUCGAAAGCGGUUUAAAAGGAAGGACCAUAGAGGUUCCUGUGAUGACAGAGUAUGUGAAACCCCAAUGUCAGGAAACAAACGUUCAUGCCAACAGGGCAGCUGCUUUGAUGAUAAAGACUAUGGUAAUGAGUCAUGCGGUGGUUCUGUUUCUAAAGCAUUGUUUCAGGAUGACCAGUGAAAUGGAGCUGCAAUGCAAUGAUGUGAAUUCUCCUCCGAUCAUUUGCCAAAUAGACACUGGAAGCAUAUAUAUGCAAGUCUAACCAAAAGCAGCUCAACUUAACCAGUUCAUUGAAGUGCAACUUUUCUUUUUAACUCUAAUUUUAUUACCAAUUUUCUGUAAAAUGGUUCUUUUAUUCUUUUAGCGACAUGCAAGAUGAAAGUGCCGUUGGUUAUCACUGAGCGCAUAUUUCAUUUGCUCAGCUCUAUACAUUUCUGAAUUUGAACUGCAUAAAAAUUAAUAAAAAAUAUGUGAUUUUUUUUUU